AACAAGCGUCACCCCAAUUCUCGUACUAAGGCGCGUGAGACAACUGAAAACCGAUUGAGUCUGGUUCUGGGCAGCAGUGUCUGAAUUGAAUAAUAGCAAGAAGAGGAGGACUGAGCCAGUCGUCGGUGUGGAUGUCCCCGAUCCUUUUCUCAAAAUCUUCUAAUUUUUCCGAACUCUCUCACUUGAGUCAGAAAGAGCUUAACGAGAUGCUUCCUCCACAACCUGGAACAUUUGAAGAUCGUGAGGACCUCAUCAAAUAUGUACGUGAUUUUGGUGCUAGUCAGGGAUAUGUCGUGACUAUAAAGAAGUCUAGGAAAGAUAGAAGAGUCAUCCUUGGUUGUGAUAGAGGUGGUGUAUAUCGCAAUAGGCGAAAAAUUGAUGAAAGUAAACGCAAAAGGAAAGCAAGUUCACGCCUUAUAAAUUGUCCUUUUGAAGCUAUUGGUAAAAAAGAAGAUGAUGUAUGGGUGCUUGCUAUAAAGAAUGGGGAGCACAAUCAUGAAGCUCUAAAGGACAUGUCAGAGCAUCCUUAUAGUCGCCGUUUUACUGAGGAAGAGGUCAGGAAAAUUAAAGUAAUGACUGAAGCUGGUAUUAAACCUCGUCAAGUACUUAAGGCUCUCAAGCAAAGUAAUCCAGAGCUGCAGUCAACCCCAAGGCAUUUGUACAAUCUCAAGGCUAAGAUUCGUCAAGGAACUGUAUCAGAGAAAAGUUUUAACUCAUGGAGACCUAAUAGAUCUGUCCCUGUGAACACAAGUACAUCUAACCCUGAGGGGACAUUGACGCAAAAUAACCAGCUGCUGAAGGUUCCUAAUUUUGUUGGAGGGAAAUUUGUGGAUUCGCAUGCUAGUUCAGUCAUUGAUGUUAUCAAUCCGGCAACACAAGAGGUUGUUUCUCAAGUCCCAACAAGUACGUAUGAAGAAUUCAAAGCUGCAGUUAGUUCAGCCAAGCAAGCUUUUCCUCUGUGGAAAAACACACCUAUUACCACUCGUCAACGUAUAAUGUUCAAGCUCCAGGAGCUCAUCUACAGAGAUAUUGAUAAGCUUGCCAUGAAUAUGACAAUGGAACAGGGUAAAACAUCAAAGGGUGCUAAAGGCGAUGUGCUCCGUGGUCUAGAGGUGGUUGAACAUGCUUGUGGGGUGGGAAAUCUACAAAUGGGGGAGUUUGUUCCUAACUCUUCUAAUGGAAUUGACACAUACUGCAUUAGGGAACCUCUUGGUGUUUGUGCUGGAAUAUGCCCCUUCAACUUUCCAGCAAUGACUCCUUUAUGGAUGUUCCCUAUUGCGGUUACAUGUGGGAAUACUUUUGUCCUUAAGCCUUGUGAAAAUAAUCCAGGGGCUUCAUUGAUGCUAGCAUCACUAGCAACAGAGGCUGGUUUGCCUGAUGGUGUCUUAAAUGUUGUUCAUGGUGCUCAUGAUAUUGUAAACUACAUCUGUGAUGAUGAUGACAUUAAAGCAAUAUCCUUUGUUGGUUCAAAUGCAGCUGGGAUGCACGUAUAUGCUAGGGAAGCUUCUAGGGGAAAGCGUGUUCAGUCCAAUGUAGGAGGGAAGAAUCUUGCAAUCAUCAUGCCUGAUGCUAGUGUGGAUACCACCUUAAAUGCUCUAGUUGCUGCUGGUUUUGGUGAUGCAGGCGUGGCUAUCAGCACAGCUAUUUUUGUUAGGGGUUCAAUUCCAUGGGAAAGAGAACUUGUGGAUCGUGCAAAAUCCCUCAAAGUCAAUGUGGGAACUGAUCCCAAUGCUGACCUUGGUCCAGUAAUUUCUAAAGAGGCAAAGGAUCGCAUAUGCAGAUUAGUUCACAACAGUCUCGAGAGUGGUGCUAGACUUUUGCUUGAUGGGAGAAAAGUUGUGGUUCCAGGUUAUGAGAAUGGGAGUUUUGUUGGUCCUACAAUCUUAAGUGAUAUUACAACCAACAUGGAUUGCUACAAGGAAGAGAUAUUUGGACCGAUUCUUCUUUGUAUGCAGGUUGACAGCCUUGAAGAGGCGAUCAUGAUUGUUAACAGAAACAGGUAUGUUAAUGGAGCUUCAAUAUUCACCACAUCUGGUAUUGCUGCAAGAAAGUUCCAGAAUGAAGUAGACGCUGGGCUGGUUGGGAUCAAUGUUUCUGUUCCAGUUCCGUUGCCAUUUUCAUCAUUCAGUGGAUCAAAGGCCUCUUUCUCUGGCAAGUCAGGAGUUCAAUUUUACACCCAAAUCAAAACUGUUGCCCAACAGUGGAAAGAUUUAUCAAGCCUAGUAUUGCCUUUAGCUGUGCCUCCACCUUCAGAGAAAGAUAUGACAGGAAGAGCUGCAUGUUCAGCCUUGCCUUCUUCAUCAGAUAGAGAUUCAGCAAGCCAAAGGGGGUCACCAUCUAUGCAUUCAGAAUCUGAGACGGAUUCUCCAAGCCAUGGAGUUUCACUCCCAGUCACUUCAUCUGAGGCAGAUUUACCAAACCCAGGAGUGUCAUCUGUGUCUUCGACAGCUGAUAGAGAUUUGCCAAGCCAAGGUGUCUACUUGCCACCCACAUCAGAGAGGGAAUUAUCCAAUGGAGAAAUGUCGCUAGCUCUGCCUCCAACAACAGAUCGGGAUUUACCUAGCCAAGGAGUAUCAAUAACCUCUACCCAGAUAUCUGAGAGGAUGUAUAUGCCACAGGCAUCCAGGUGGAAUGAAACCUCACAUCCAACCUCUCAAAGGAAUGACACGCUUCCACCAACAUCUGAAAGAAUUCACACGGCAACGUCUCAGAGGAAUGACAACACAACGCUGGCUUCUCAGAGGGCUGACAUCAAUAUGGCCCUAACUUCUGAGAGGGUAUAUAUACCUGCCUCCCAUGAUACAAUGGGUUCAAUGUCACAUAGAAAUGACAGUAUGGCCGCAACAUCUCACCGAGUUGAUGCUAAUGUUCAUCCAAGUUCCGAGAGGGUAUAUAUGCUAACAUCUCAUCUGGGUGACAGUAUGACUCAAACACUUCAAAGGUCUGAUACCAUGUUCACGACAUCUGAGAGGCUAUACAUGCUGGCCACAUCUCAUCGGAGUGACCACAUUGGUUUGACCACUCAGAGGAACGAUAUUGCUCUACAUUCGACUUCAGAGAGGAUAUACAUGUCUGCAGCAUCUCAGAGGAAUGACAAUCUGACUGCUGCUUCUCAACCAACUGAUUCCAUGCCUUCAACAUCAGAGAGAAUGUACAUGUCUUCUAUUGUUCAGAGAAAUGCUGCCAUGCCACCAACAUCUGAGAGAUUAUAUAUGCACGGUACAUCUCCAAGGUUAUAUCCUCAAAACCCAAUAAUAUCAAUGGAAGAAUUUCCAAGCCAAGGACCAUCAGUGUCUCUACCAUCAUCCCAAAGGAUAUAGGACAGAUUCCAGAGCCAUCUAUGCUUUGGGGAAUCAGGAACCAGUGAACAAAGCGAUCUCGGUGUCAAAGAAGCUUCUUGUUUUUGUUGAAUCAUAAUGGACACUUCUUUCAGGUGUAGGCUACUGGUACUAGUCAUAACUCCCUUUCUCAAAAUUAACAAGCCACCUGAAGAAAAGAAGUUUACGAGGGGGUUCUGGGAGAGGAAAUAGAGAUAAAAAGGAAGUCUCUUAUACCUAAUGAGUUAUUGAAGCAGAGGAAAAUCCACUGGUUCUUGGUUUGCCUCUCAAUAAUAAAUUGGGUUUAUGGCCAAGAAAAUUGAAGCUUUAUGCUUGAAAGUGAAAUGUGAAAUGAAGAGCCAUUAUCAUAUUGAAAGUACAUCUGAGGGCCCAAAAUCUGCCCAUUAUACCAUCCAAUCUUUAGAAUUUAUGUCCAUGAGACUGAAGAAUAAGCAGUAACAUUAGAUUGAGAAUUUCACUUGGCAUUUGAUUAUUAUGGGGCAAUUAAGGAAAGUCUAGCAUGUUUUAGCUUUGACUUGAAGCAUAUGAUGCGGUAUCUCACAAUGGAACGACUUAUUUUUCCCUCGUUUCCUGUAAACCAAGAAUUGGGAUACUUUUUUUCUUUGGUCCAACUUAUUUAGAAGUUUCACUAAUUGCUCGAGCAAUUGUUCGUAUUUAUUUUCUUUCUCUAACUUGUGUGUACCUUUUUUACAAGGGAAAUUCUCUCUAUAUGUUUGAUUAAUGGAUCUAAAAUUUAGUUCCAAAGAA